CACGCUCGUCGAAGCCAUCCGAAUGCGAGACUCCCCGAUGCGAGGCGGCCCGAGGACACCGUGUAUACUCUCGCAGUAAACAUCGAACCGGCUCCUUGUGUAGAUUCGUGCGAGUGAUGGCCAAGAACGUGGAAAUUUGUGUAGCUGUAGCCUAUGCUGCUUAUUGUUACUAUAAAUAUUUGCAACUUCAAAAAUCAAGAAGCCUUGGAAGAAAAAAAGAUGGUGGGUGAAAUCAAUCAAUCGAAAUAGAACGAGGGAACACAUGGACAGACAGUUGAGCGAAUUGUUAAUGGAACCUGGUGGUGAAUUUGAAAAUUUUACUUGAAUGUCUCUAGCUGAUUUUGAGUAUCUUUUAAAUAUAGUCUCACCAAUGAUUUCCAAAAAAGAUACUUCAAUGAGACAGGCAAUAACUCCAAAAAUACGGCUAGCAAUUACUUUGAGAUAUUUAGCCACAGGCGACAGUUUCAAGAGCCUACAUUAUUUAUUUAAAGUUUCAAGUGAAAUAAUAUCGCGGAUUGUUCCGGAGGUCUGUGCAGCACUGAAUGAGGCUUUGAAAGAUGAAAUUAAGAUGCCGUCAACUACAGAUGAGUGGAUAGAAAUUGAAAAAGGAUUUAGAGAUAAUUUUCCCCACGCCAUUGGAGCAAUCGACGGAAAACAUGUUGUAAUCAAAUGUCCUGAUCACACUGGAUCAGAAUAUUACAAUUACAAAAGAACCUUUAGUAUUGUUCUUCUAGCUGUAGUAGACAGUAAAUAUCGAUUUAUAUUUUGUGACAUUGGAAGCCAAGGAAGAAUAAGUGAUGGCGGCAUACUUAGAAAUAGUGUGUUAUGGAAAAAUAUUUGUGAAAAUAAGAUGAAUUUUCCUCCACCUUGCCCCUUACCCGGAUUAAACGUCGAUUUACCAUAUGUUUUCUUGCGAGAACUUAAUGAAGCCAUAUCCUGGCGAUCAUAAAUUGAAUACUCCCAAACGUAUUUUCAAUGAAACAUUGUCAAGGUCUCGUGUAUUGUCUGAAAAUACUUUUGGAAUAUUAACUUCCAGAUUCCGAUUUUUCAAAAAGCCAAUCGAAUUGAUGCCCGAAAAAGUGACGCAGUUAACAAUGACAUAUGUACUUCUACACAAUUUUCUUAUGAAAAGUUCUAGUGCAAAAAACAUUUAUAACCCGUCGGGCACUCUUGAUAAAUAUGAUAACGGC